AAUGCGCGACGCACAGUUUUGUUCUUUGUCAAUGUUUUAAUUUCUAACUGUGUAUAACGCCGUUACAACGAACCUAGUUUAUGGUAUUUUAAAGACAAAACAGCUGAAGCCAAAUCUCUUCAUCGCUUUAUUAGCUUCUUAUAAUACACCCAUAUGUAUUAGCUACGUAUUUAUUUCCUUGUUUUUAACGCUCACGCACUCACGCGCGCGCACACUCGUUGUUGGCUCGAAUUCACGCGCUUGUGCCGUCCCGUCAGUGACCGCCAGAUGUAGCUCUGACUCUACAAGCCAAACCCUAAAAUACAAGCUUGUCCAACGGUAACUUCGAGUAAACAAUUCAAGUCCGGUAGUGAGUAAAAUGUUUAGUCAAUAGACUACAGGCUUGAAAUGAGUGUUGUUCUCUAUGGUCUACAAAACAAUGAUUGCUUAACUGGUUAGCGUUAGUGGCAGUGAUGUUACAGAUUGAUAAUUGUGUGUGUGUUUAUCCGACUCAGUCAAUCAGAGAUACGGUUAUAACGACCUGUUUCGUAAUGAACAUCAUAAUAUCCCGAGGAAGGUCUGAGAUCCAGUCAUUUGAGUUUCUAAGGAAAAGGAAAUUGUUUACCCUAUGACAGAGUAAAGAAACACAAGGUCAUAUUACACUGCAUUUUGCCAGAUAUAGGUAUAAAUAUAGCUGACUUUAUAUGGGCAACUUUCCUUGACAGCAACAUAAAGAUGUAAAGAGAAAAGCAUAGGCUACGAGGUGGGAGUAUCUCGGUGGGAGGGAUUCUUGCUGCAGGAAUCUAGGUGGCGUGCAGAGCUGCAGAGGCUGAACUUUCUGAGAGCGCAGAUAAAGAGACGGGAGCGCAUCUCUGUCUCAGACACCUGAUGAGCAUCCUCCAAACUCUUUAAACCAGGGGACAGAACCUUACAAGAAAUAACUCUUGUUGGAUAUUAAACAAGCACCAUUAAAAAAGAAGCCUUCUAAAUCUUGGAGAACACCAACAGGGAACAGCAUUACUUUAUUUUUACUGUACUUUAAGAGAUGGCAUGGUCUUUUCGACGCAGGUGUUUGCUUUUGCUGUGUUUGACAGCUAUCCAGAGUGGUCAUGGUGCCGUUCAGACGUGCAUGGAUAAGCAUCAGGUGGUUGGGGUGCUUCGUCAAAUGGAGAAGUUUCUGAAAGGCCAGGAGAUACGAUUUACGGAGGGCCUCAGGAUCAUGAAGUCAAAGCUGGCAACGCUUCAGAACUCUGUCUCCAAGUUACCUCAAGCUGACCAGUCAGCUGCUCCCACCACCUGCCCCUCUCUGGAAGCCCCUGCUCACGGAACCAAGUUUGGCUCAAAGUAUUUUGUUGGACAUGAGGUCCAUUUCACUUGUUUCCAUGGCUACCAUCUUGUCGGUUCUCCCACGCGUGUUUGCCAGGACAACGGCACCUGGACUGGCAUCAGUGCCAUUUGUAAAGAUAUAAGUGAGUGUGCAAGUAAUCCUUGCCAAAAUGGAGGUACCUGUGUGGAAGGUGUUAACCAGUACAAAUGCACCUGCCCCCAGAACUGGAGUGGCUCUCACUGUCAGCACCAAACCCAGACAGCACCACCCGAGUGGAGUGUUAUGAACGACCCAGCAUUCAGCCGGAGACCUCGCUGUGCCCAAGUCAAUCGAGCCCAACACUGCAGCUGUGAUGCAGGCUUCCACAUGAGUGGCACCUCUGACAACAGUAUCUGUCAGGAUGUAAAUGAGUGUGAGGUGUACCGGCUGGACCAAGGAGGGAAGCUGUGCGUCCACGAAUGUGUGAAUGUCCCGGGUUCGUACCACUGCUCUUGCCCCAGCGGCUACAAGUUGCUCCCAGACGGGCGGAGCUGUGAGGAUGUGGACGAAUGUUUGAGCCAGCAGCACAACUGUAGCGGAGGGACAACUUGUAUCAACAUGGGGGGAGGCUUUCAGUGUGUCAACCCAGAGUGUCCCCGUUCUCAUGGCGACAUCAGUUACGUCAAGACAUCUCCCUUUCAGUGUGAGAGAAACCCCUGCCCCAUGGACAGCCGCUCCUGCCACCUGGCUCCUAAGACCGUAUCUUUCCACUACCUGUCGCUGACCUCCAACCUGCAGACUCCUGCGACACUUUUCCGUAUGGCGACCGCCGCCGCCCCAGGGCGAACUGGGCCGGACAGCCUGCGCUUCGGCAUAGUGGGCGGAAACUCCCGAGGCAUCUUUGUCAUGCAGCGUUCAGACAGGCAGACUGGUGAGCUGAUUCUGGUCCAGCAGCUGCGCGGGCCGCAGGAGAUCAGCGUUGAUGUGGACAUGUCUGAGUACAGCGACCGCACCUUUCAGGCCAAACAUGUGGCCAGAGUUACCAUUCUGGUUUCACCCUACAACUACUGACAGCGAGCUGGCGACGGAGGAAGACUAGAGACAGAAGAAGAAGAAGAACAAGGAAGAAUGUGUAAUGGGCACUGAGUGAAAAAGAUUUUGAAUCCCAUAUCAGAUUAUUCAUUUGUCUGAGUAGCCAGUCGCAGGCCAGUAUUUGUUCAGUGGCCAAAUUACCAAAAGAGUGAGAGCAUGACAAGACAAUAUUUAACAGUCAUAUUAUAAAUAACAAUAUAUGGCAAAACACAUCAUAGAUGCUUUUUUUUAAUGUAGUGUCAGUAUGAGCUUUGACGGAUGUUUGACUGAGUGUGUUUGAAUGCAUGAAAACUAGCUAAACAAAAGCUUGAGUGGGUUGGGUGGGAUGGAAAACUGUUUUUGACAUUGCUGUUGCUUUAUGUUUGUAUUUUUAUGUCUAUCAUAGAUCAUGUCUGUGUAGCUCAGGGUCCGGCCCCGGGGCUGAUGCACUGCACUCGCUUUAUUGAUGAUAAAUCCCUAUAAGACUUUAGUGCUCCUGUGGCUCUAAAUUAUUUGAAACAUUAUUCCUGGUUUUUACAUUGUAACAUACUGUAAGCCACAUAUUUAUCUUCCAUCAUAUACUGUAUAUUUGUUUUUUUGUUUUUCUACUAGCUUAAAGGAGCUGUAGUCGAUAUUCAGCACAUUAAUAGAGCAGCAAGAAAAUAUUUGCAGUGUAAAGAUAUAGUCGAGUAAUGGCAUCCUGAGCAGAGAAGGAAGUCACACUCCCUAUGUGUGUGUGUGUGUGUGUGUGUGUGUGUGUGUGUGUGUGUGUGUGUGUCUUUUGAGUUUCCCAAUACAUUAAAUACCUGUUUUUUUAGCAGACACAUGCACUAACAUGCACGCACGGCCGGACCGGCUAUCAGAACAAAAACAGAAGAAGAAGAAGUUCAGAUCACAACACGCACAAAGGGGAGUGUGACUUCAUUCUCUGCUCAGGACACCAUUAAUCCACUAUAUCUUUGCAUAGAAAAUCUUUGUUUGCUGCUAUAUUUAUGUUCUUAACGUUGAGUACAGAACCUUUAAGGCACCAUCCAUUAUACUAAGGGAGUUGUUGUUUUUUUAACAGUAGAUGCAGUACUGUACGUGGGCAUAUUUUCUCUAUUACUCAUAUUCUGUAUGUUACCUAGAAAUCAUUAUAUUCUAAAUCAAAGAUGAUUUGGCAAGCUUGCAAAUGCACUACACAAUUUAAGUGGAAUUUUAAUUGUCUCUGCAUAAC